AUGAAUAUAUUAUUGACAUUUCAAAUUAUUAAUAACAACUUUUAUUACAUAGAAAAGAGAAAUUUAUUAAUAAUCUAAAACAUUCCUCAAAUAUUUGAUUUGUCUUUAGGUAAAUAGCUCAUUUAAAACAUCCAAGAUUAUUAAUUUUCAUUAGACAAUUUUAUCAUUAUAAAUGAUGAUUACUUAGCAUAUGUUGCAUUAAAUAAUUAACUUGAAAAUAAUAUGUACUUAAUUGAUUUAUAAUUUAUUAAAGUUGAGCAGGUUUUUAAUUUUGGAUAAUAAACCAUAGUAAAUUUUUGGAUAACUAAUAACUAAUAUUAACCAUUGAUAGCUUUAAACGACUUAAUAUAUAUCUCCAUAACUUCAAAUUAGUAAUAUUAACCAUUUUCAUUAAGUAAAAAAUAGUUUAUAUAUAAAUUAGAAACCCUUUAAAUUACUCCAUUAAUGUGUAAAUCUAUUAUUUACUAAAAGACAGGAGAGAUAUUUAUAUUUUAUUACUCAAGCAUUUACAUAUAUUCAUACAACUUGUAAUUUUAAAUGGUUAUAAAUACUGGAAUAUAAUAUCCAUUUUUAAAUACAAGUUUUUUAGAUUUAGUUUAUAGUGAACAGUAUGUUUUCUAUUUCAAUCAAAACUAAUUUUAUAAAUUUGAUAUGCAAUUGAAAAAGAUCUUUUACAUUAAUGCUAAUUCAGAUUUAUAUAAAUAUCGUAAACAAUAAGUUAAUUUCUAUAUUUUUGAAAGUAGUUCCUUCAUAAAAAAAUCAUAAAAUAUUAUUGAUACAGAUAAUAUGAUAGUUAUUAAAAGCUAAUAGGAAGAUAAUAUUUAUUUAGGAAAUUAAAAAAUAGAUGAUGACACCUAAUUUGAUAUAUUUGAGUCAUAGAAUGGUAUCUAUUGGCAUAUUAAUUUAUUUAAUCAUCCUUUUAGCACACUAAACUUGACAGAAACAUAAUCCAUAUAAGAUAUGAUAAUUGAAUAGAAUAAAAUAGUUAUUUAUGAUAGUAACUCUAAUAAUCUAAUAAUAUAUGAUGCUACUAAGUUAAUCUAAGAAUUUGUUUAAAUUCAAUUAGAUUUUAAAUUUGAUCUUAUGAUAACCAUGCUUGAUUGGGAUGAGCAUAGCUUUAUAUGGAUAAAUAAUAGCACAAUAUAUGUAUUUAAUUAUAAGCAAACCUCUAAAAUUUAAAUGAUAUCUUCAUUAGAUUCUGAAAUUAUUGAAUAUUAGGUCUGCAAAGAUUAAAAUAUAGUAAUAGUUAAGACAGUAAACUUAAUUCUUUAUUCAGUCUCGAUUAAUAAUAGAAUUUCAAAAUAAAUCAAUAUUAGUUUUUUGUAAUCUUACUCAGAUUUGAAAUUUUAUCUCUAAUGUGACCAAAAACUUGUAAUAGUUUAUUAUCCGUAAGUUAAAAUAUUUGAUUUUGUAUCAGGAGAGGACAAAAGCUCAUUUAAUCCAGUAAUGAUUAUUAAUUAAUUUUAUAUUUUUAGGAAAAUUCCCACAUUUAAUUAUUUUAAAUUAAUAAUUAUUUUUUCUAACAUAUUUAAAAUAAAAUAUUCAAAAAUAAAAUGA